AUGUCGGUUGUUAAAAGACCGAGGGUUGAAAGUGCUGGAUCUGGUUCCUUGAUAGCGGGGGGAGGAGUGGAUGGUAGAACGGAGCAGAUAACGAGUUCGUUGAGCUCGCCAAAUGUGCAAUUGUCGGGGCACGAGGCAGAGGUGCUAGCGGUGCAGUUCGAUGCGACGGGGUCGUUUAUUGCGUCGGGUUCGGCAGAUAAAUCGAUUUUGUUGUGGAAUUCGGCAGGUGAAAACGAGAAUUAUGGUGUUAUUAAUGGCCAUAAAGGAGCUGUAUUGGAUAUUAGAUGGUCUAGAGACAGUUCGCAGCUAUUUUCAUGCUCUACAGAUCUGUCGUUAGGUGUAUGGGACGUCGAGUCUGGUUCACGAUUAUUGAAACAAGUUGGUCACGAUGAUAUUAUUAAUUCUAUUGACAUUAUAAAACGAGGAACUGAACUGGUUAUAUCAGGAAGCGACGAUGGAACAAUUGGAAUUUGGGAUCCUAGACAGAAGGAGUCGGUCAGUUAUAUCCAGACCGAGUUCCCAAUACUGGCAGUAGCAGCUACUUCAGUUGGAGAUCAGGUUUUUUCUGCCGGAGUUGAAGGCACUAUUCACUCGUGGGAUUACAGAUACCCGUCGGCUCCUGUUUAUACUCUUCCUGGCCACGGAGAGACCAAUAUCACCGGACUGGCGGUGUCACCAGAUGACCAGCAGCUGGUAUCAAAUGGCAUGGACAACACUGUCCGAACAUGGAACGUUCGUUCGUUCACUUCAGACAAUCGAACACUUCAAGUGUACGACGGAGCACCUCACGGAAUCGAACAGAACCUGCUCCGAGCCCGCUGGUCACCCGACGGAUCCCGCAUCGCUGCCGGCUCCGCAGACCGCACCGUCGUCAUCUGGGACGUCCCGUCCCGACGAAUCCUCUACAAACUCCCUGGCCACAUCGGCUCUGUCAACGACGUGUGCUUCUCGCCCACCGAACCGGUCAUUGCAUCUGCCUCGUCCGACCGGUCGGUCAUUCUCGGCGAAGUCAACUGA